ACAACAAGUUAUUUUAUUACUAAAAAAAUCAUAUACAAAGCGUAAGUACUAAAUAUUAUUGAAUUAGUAUAUAUUUUAUUUACAUUUUUCGUUAAAUUUUGUGUGGAACGGUAUUUUUAAGAACAAAUUUUUGGAAGCACCUGGCCAGGUAAAAGUUUGGAAAAAGUCAUGGAACAGGGAUUUUCGAUGGAAUUUUCUGGCAAAAAUGCAACUUGCCCUUCUUAUUUACCACCUUUUGAUUAUUCUGAGUCGUCAAAUCAAGAAAAUUACAUAAUUCCAGCUGAAUCUGUUAGUGGGUUGGAUUUUGAGUUUACAAAUACCACAAGUGAUGUUUCACAUAUUUUUAACUUGAAAGAGUCUUCUGGAAAGGACACAUAUGCACUGUUUGACCCAAACUUCGAUUGGAUGAGUUUAACAACCGAAACUGAUCAUGUUUACACUCCAUCAUCGAUUUUUCGCAAUUUAAUAGAAGGCCAGUACCACGAAACAGCUUCUCAAGCAGCAAAAAAUGAAAUCGACUUGAAUAUGACAAGUGUAGUACACAUCGAAAUAGAAAUAUCUGACGAAACCGAAACAGAAGAGUGUACAUCAUCUACAACCGAAACACCAACAACUUUAUCAGAUUUAUAUAAAACCAUCUCUAUAAACGACCUCAGAGAUUACGAAUUAGAUUCUUUAUCAACUGGUAGCGAUGAAGUUCAUGAACCAAACAUGAACAUGGAGCCACUUCCAUCUGAUUUCGCUUUAGAAAAGAAUGACGUUGUUGAUAAGAGUUUUCCUGGCAUUUUGGGGGACGAAACUGUGCCAUCGUUUGGAGCAUUCGACAAAUUUCAGAACAUCCCACCGUCAUUGAGCAGAGAGCGAAGAAGUAGUCAAAGUCGUGGACGCGCCAGACGAAGUGGUUCGUUUACAAACGUUCAUCGAUCUUCUCGUAGGUCAACACCACCCAGAUACUGGAAGGCUACAGUUCCUGGAUGCGAUAGGAGUGAAAUAAAGACACGUCGAAGGUCUGAUGCGACGUCUUCUGUUUCGUCGUGUCCUUACAAUCGACCUUUUAUUCCCUCAAGGCCUGAACAUUUCAGAACCAUUACAAUAUCAGUGGACGAGGCUUAUUUGGGACCGAGUACUUCUUGGGGAAGGAUAAAAGACCUUCCAAUCUGGAUGAGACCAUCUCGUCUGGAUUAUCUCAGUGAUUCUGAUUGAAAACUUAUACAUUUUACAAUUUUUUUCUCAUUUCUACUAAUUAUGCGGAUGAUAAAUUAUUGUGGGCAUACACCUUUUUCUUUAUUGUAACCUUAUU